AUGGAACAUUCAUAUCAAAAAUUCUUUGGAAAGAAGACAAAGGAAAGUUUGAGUUCAUUUCUUACUCAUCUUCCAGGUAAUUUAACAUUCACUAAAUAAAUUAUUAUAUGGCAUCACUUCAUUAAUUUAAUUAUUAAUUAAUGUAUAAUUUUGCAAUUUAGGGCUUAUAGAUGUCCCUGGAUGUCCAAACGAUGGGUAAUAAUGUAAUCUGUUAACUUCUCUCUGCAUUCAAAGGAUGAUCACUGUCGCUCUUUGUUGAGCAAACUAAUUAUUUUGUUCACCCAUUGACUGAAGAAAAACUAUCAAGUCCCUAAUCAAACUAUAGUUUUAUUUGCCUUUCAUACUUCUUAAUGAGUUCUUUAAGAAGUAUGAAAGGCAAAUAAAACUAUAGUUUGAUUAGGGGCUUGAUAGUUUUUCUUCAGUCAAUGGUCUUCGGACAUUUGUUAGAUCCAGGCAAAAUUGUUACGAUCCACACCGAUCAGUUAAAUUUUGCUUGGAUCUGACAAAUGUCCGAUCAUUUUUUUGAUCGAAAUUGUGCAGUUGCUCAUAUAUUGGCCAAUAAUGAUUAGCCAGUUUUUAAUAUUUACAUCAGUUGACGAGGUAGUAAUUGGACAGUUCGUGCUGAUCACUCCCCGCAUAAUCAACCACAUCACUUAAUUUUUUGUAAGCAGUCCCAACGAUCCAUGCAAGUAAACAAGUUCUCGAUUCCAUCGAUAUUGUUUUGUCAAGAAAAUGUUUUGUGUUCCUUCUCUCGCUCUUAUGCUUAUUAAUCAAAUAUUAUACCAGUCCUUUAAUUUGAUUGAAAACUGCGUAUUUUAUAUGAUCAGUCAAAAUGUCCGCACAGAAUAAAAUGAGUCAGCCAUUUAAUGGGUUUUCCGGCAAAUAAAGCCAACUGCCGACCAUUAUAAUCCAACUGAUGCAGUGUUGUCUAAAUUAUGUUACAUUGUUAUGUUACAGUGUCGAGGAUAAGGUCAAGAAUGAAGAAAAAUAUAUUCAUGCAUAAAAAAUAAUAACAAACGACUUUUGACACGAAUAUAGUUUUCUUUGUUCUUAGCCCAAUCACAAUAAUUAUAACUUGACCCUACAGACCAUGUAACCAUAAUUUUUUUUUAAAUAUAGUCUUCGAGUUCUUAUAAAUAAGCCUCCUAUUGGUGGUAAAGAGUUAGUCCCUCUGUCUGGUCAUCAAUUGGCUGGGUUUAGACUAAACCCUGGACCAGUAAGUAUAAGUUGGAUAUUUUCUGUGUUAAAGUAAUAAUGAGUUAUAACAUUGUUAUAGACAAUGUAAAAAAAAAAUGUGCAGUAAAUGUCCACCUCAGGCCAACUGUUGAAACAUUCGUUGUUUUAGGUUCCAGAUCAAUUUAAAUUUGUCAAUCAACAACCUUCAAAAAAGAAACACAAACACAAGAAACAUAAAAAAGAACAUAGUGAAGGCAAAACGGAAGGUUGGUUUGUUCACGAAUGUUAUCCAUUCCAUUAAUACAGACUAUAGUAGAUAUGCAUACAUUCUAGCAACCUUGCACAAAGGCUCUUUCCACUAUGCUCCUCACUGAAGGAAAGACCCUGGGUCCAGGCUGGUCACGUGUCUUUUGGGAGAUAACAAAAUUUUUACACAAGGGUUGGGGGGCUAAGUUUGUUUGACCGAUCUAGUUGCCGAUCAAGAUGCCGAUAUCAAUUCGAUAAAAUAGAAUGUAAAUUGCACAUGCGUAACCGAUUAAAGCGUAAAAAGUGCGCAUGUGCUAGUUUUUUACAUCCCACAAGCAAAGAAGCAAAUGUUUUGGCUUAAAUUCGUUGAUUGCAACACGGUCUUUGCGACCAUUUCAAUUUCACACCAAUAUUAUCUAUCUAAAUAGCAGUUAAAACAAAGUGUGCGGCACCCGGUCCCGAACUGUGCAAUAGGGAGUUUGGAAAAUACAACGGCAACGGCAACGUGGUCAUCAACAAUAGCAUUGAUCCUCAAAGACAAAGGCGAAUGUAAAUUACAUGGUCUUAAGCGUUGUGCAAUGCCGUAGCUGUUGAAACUAGUACGUGAUUGCAUAAUUUUCACGGUACAUGACUACGGCAACAGUUCAUUCGUUCGAUGUUAGUUGAGUUGUUUUAUUUGAAUUCGCGGACUAUUUUUACUUAAGAGCUGCUUGAGAGGAACAGGAAUACUUAAAGAGGCAAUUAAGUGUAGUAACAUAUAUUUUGCCUCAAAUACAGCAAUAUAAGCAAUUAUAUUUUUGCCGUUGCCGUUCUAGGUUGCCAAACUCACUAUUAUCUUGCUUGAAAGUGCUUCUAAAUCCAUAAAACAUUUACAUAAUAUCUAAAUACUGUAAAUUUUCAAAAUUCGCCAUAUUUACUGACAUUAGAACCCAAGCUUUUGCGGCUCACACGAAAUAUUACGUCGGUGAUUUUCACUAAUAAUAAGAGGGUAGGAUCAAAGUGGGCGUUGUCACUUGCUAACCCAAUCAGCUGUCUGGGUUCUGUACCACGUGACCUGUUCAAAUCGUUCCGAGGGCGAGGAAUGUUAUGAUGUCAUAACGGCCUCGACAAAAUAUUCUGGGAACACGUUUGUGCCAUAUAAGGAAGUUGGGGACACGUUUGUACCAUAUAUGAAGCACGGUUUCCACUCGCUUCGAACGAUGAAAUAAUCGGAUGAUCUUACCCUCUUAUUAUUAGUGAAAAUCACCCAUAAAUCACCGACGUAAUAUUUCGUGUGAACCGCGAAAGCUUGGGUUCUAAUGUAAAUAAAUAUGGCGGAUUUAGAAAAUAUACAGUAUUUACAUAUAAUAUGUAAAUGUUUUAUGGAUUUAGAAGCACUGGUAUUGCACAGUUCAGGUGUCGUACACUUUAUUUUAACUGCUAUUUAGAUAGAAUACUAUUGUUGUCGAAUUGAAUUGAUGUUAAAGCCCGUGAUUGCAAGUAGGACUUGUGUGUGUGUUUUGAAAGUGGAAACUGAAUCAUGGUCGAGAUCAUGGUAUUACAAACCAAUACCAUGAUAUGUCAUUUAUUAAUGAGCAUGACUCACGCUGUGACUCACACAUAACUAGUGAAACCGCGUCAGAAUACAUAAACACACAGAUAUUUAUUUGCAAGAAUAUUAUAUUUCGUUUUAAACGUGUACAUGUAUAAAGAUUUAAAGUUUGUUCACGGCAACCCGGUAUAUCAACCAUGUUUUAAUUUUGUAAGGUUUAUUUCUAACAUUCCUUAGGUACAUUGUGGCAUUAUUUUUAACCUUUGCUUGGGCUCGUCUGCAUGUGGGAUUUCUCACCCCCUAAAUCAUUGUUUUCAUCCAAAUUCACUUCCACAUCCGUGUCAUUUGUGUACCAAUGUGGCUUUGGCUCGUGACGAAUGGUUUAUGAAGUAGUGACGUGGUGUUAAAAAAUAUGGCAUAGGGAUAAUUAACUUGCCUUAAGGAAUCGUCUGCAAAGCCUUGGGCAAACUAGGAAACAUUGUUGCGGAAACAUUUGUGAUUCUCGAUGUUUCCUGAAAUGUUUCCAUGUUUGCCCACCCGUGGAAACAUUGUUGCGGAAACAAAAUUUGCUACCCUGGAAGCAAAAAUGUUUCCUACCAAUAUCAGAAACAUUUGAUGUUUCCCUAUGUUUCUCACUAAUGUUUCCUAGUGUUUGCCCACUCUGGGAAAUACGGCGAAACAUUGGCAAAAAAACCCAAUUUUGCCGCAACAAUGUUUCCUAGUUUGCCAAGGGCCGUUGGCAAGUUUGAGGCUCUCACAUUAAGAUUUUUCGUAUCUCUAUAAUUAGAUUUUUUCGCAAAUUCUGAAGCUUCUUUUGCAGCCGAUCUUGAGCUUGGAGCUGGCUGGGGAGUUUCUUUGAAACGCUUGAAAUCGAUUCAAUAUAUUGGAAUGAAGUGCACUUUUUCAUCGGGUGUUAACUGAGGGGGAUUCAUGAUAUUUUCUGUUUGUUGUUGCGUGUUGUACAUAGCGUUAAGAAUGGGAGGUUGUCUGUUGGUUGCAUUGGAUAUAUUUGUUCAGGUUUGGUUGCACGCCAUUUUCCUCAGGUAGAACGUUGAGUAUUUGGUCUAUGUUGAUCGUCGCGGUAGCGUUGUAGGUUGUAAAUCGAGCAUAAGAUAUCCGUGGGGGUGACUUGUCGUGCCAACGUAGAAAUAUGUUGCUUGUCCGGUCCCGGGGAGAUUUGAAGCCAGUACUACAUAUAGUGGGUAUAUUCAGGCUAAUAUUUCUGUUUUCUUUGCGUUGAUGGAAUAUGUUUUGAACAACAUAUAUUACAGACAAAUUCUGGUGAUGACUCCCCUUUGUAAUAAACCGCGGCGAUACGUUUAUCUCCCCCUGACAUUACGAUCAAAUUAGGAUCAAAUGCGCUUUACAUCUAGUAUUAUACGCUUACCUAAUUGCAUACAUAGCCUAGAUUAUUUUAUUUUUACAACAAUUGUGAUAUUACUUUCUUAACUGCGUUUAUCCUAACCCACCCUGUCAACGAAGAUGCGAGUUCGAAUCCCGAAUUUUUCGUUGUACGCUACAGUGUCAGAAUAAUAUGAAAUUAUUGCAACUAAGUUUUAAAUUUGGGGUUAGCUUUUUUAUACUAGUCUAUGGAGAUAGCGUCGCUGCAUGGCGCUCUCACUGCUGCAGAUAUGCUCAUGACAUUUUUUUUUUGUUCUAGAAAAAUCUAAAAUUCAAGAUGGACCAGCGGAAAAGAAAUCAAAGAAAUCUGUAAGUAUACUGUCUUUAAUUAAUCAAGCUUCAUUGUAUCUCUUCCCGUAUAUUUUAAACUCGCAAGCCAUGCAAGCUUUCACUCCGACUGGGCGAGGCCGGUAGGAAUGUUCGGUAUGAGAAAUUUCCGGUAUCGGUAUAUCGAAAAAAUUAUGCCGAUAUUAUCUGUAUACCGGUUUUCUUUUGAUAAUUAUAAAGGAAAAUUCUUUAAUUAAUGGAAAUUUGAGUAAUUCUAAAAGGGAAACGAUAAUUUCGAAGCUGUUUCGAACGACACGUACUCAGUGUAAAAUCUCACUGAAGUGGAAAUUCUAAAUCAUUCAGGGAUGGAUUUACUGGGGGGCGAUGUACACCCCUCUGGUGCGCCCGCCCCCCCAGUAAAUCCAUGGGGGUGCUAUUUUUCAUGAUAAAGCAAAAAAUUAUUUGAGACAAAAUCGGUAUGGUUGAAUAUCCGGUAUCAUUAUACCGAUAUUGAUUUAAUACCGAUAUUUUCGGUAUACCGAACAGACCUAGGCGAGGGUGCACUUGCAUGUGAACUUCCUUUCCACAUGGAUUCUCACAAGUAGAUAACCAUUACAACAUGGUCUUCCUGAGAACCGUGGGUGUUAAAAAUAGAUUAAAAGUAAUAGAGAAAAUAUACUGAGUCUGAGACACAUUCCAUAAAGCCAUGAAUUUAGUAAGAAAAUCGGCUAUACAGGAGCGACUAUUUACAUUUAAUUUAAUCGUGCUUUUGAAUCCGGUUAUAUCUUUUGCAGGGUAUUGUAGAUGGAAAUUGUCGAGUGAAAAUUUAUAUACAUGCAUUUUUCCCUUCAGUUCCUGAUUAGGUCUAAGUACUAUUUAAAACACGAGGAGUGUUUUAUCAGAUAUAAAACGCGAGGCGCAGCCGAGAAGAAUACUAAUUAGGAAAAAAAUACUAAUUAGGAUGAACAGUUAUAUAAUCAUACUAAUUAGGAUGAACAAGUAUAUAAAGAAUACUAAUGAAGAUGAGUUUUAUCAGAUAUAAAGUCACUUCACAUGACAUAUUAUCAGGGUUCGUACAAAACUUGAAAGUCCUUGAAUGUCCUUGAAUUUGAAAACAAAAAUUUAAGGCCUUGAAUGUCCUUGAAUUUGUAAAGAAGCACUUGAAUGUCCUUGAAUUCUUUUUGCUUUAGUUUUUGGAUAUUUUCUGAAAUUGUUUGACAUUCAAGACGGACAUUUUGUUGAACUGAUUUUGCAUGUUCAUAUCUGACCUCAUUAUAAAGUUACGUUUUGAACAAUUCAACGUCAGAUUUUGCUGAUUUCUAACGCCUUCUUCAGUAUUUAGUCCUUGAAUUUGCUGAUACACGGCCUUGAAUGUCCUUGAAAAGUCCUUGAAUUUGACUCUUCCUGACAUGUACGAACCCUGUAUUAUGGCUGACAUAAUUUGCCACAAGGUUUAUGAAUUAGUAAUGAGUAUUUUAAUAAAUGUAUAUAAAUUUCCACUCGACAAUUUCCAUCUACAAUACCAAUCAAAUAUUAUUCAUUCGAGUUAGAUGCCACAAAAAUCUCAAUAUUUUUUGCAUGCUUUUGUCGUGUCAUCCAAGGAAUUCCAGGCAACUGCCCCACUAUAGGCUAGAUUAUUUAUUUAAAAAAAUGGUAUUUGGUUUUGGAAUCUCUAACUUUAAACUACUUGUCACGUUUUGGUCGUGCAUUCCAUCCCUCUUAAAAAACUGGGAUGUCAGAUACGAAGGUGGAGCUUUGUUUACUACUUUAAACAUCAACGGUGCUCAAACGUUUGCCAACUUAGUUUUUCUAAAACCACCAUUGAUUUAGUUUCAUAGCCAGAGCGCAUUAUUGCAAUAUCUGAUAAUGGUAUUUAUUAUGUGGACAAUGGUGUUUUACUGGAAACUAAAGGCCAUGUUACACGGUGCAAUUUUUCUUGCAACUUGCAAUGCAAUACGAGUCUUCAUUACACUCGCUGAUGUUUUCUCAACAUGUCGAAAAUUCUUCACUGAUUUCACUAAUUAACAUCUCUCAAGAGUAGAAUUGCAUUGCAAGUUGCAAGAAAAAUUGCACCGUGUAACAUGGCCUUAAAACACUCGUAGAACUCAUCUGUCACUACAUCCGGGACCAGGUGCGCAUAUUUUUCGUAUUUCACCCCUACGAGUGACGUAUUUCACCCCUACGAAUGAAAAUUUCCCGCCAUUUUCAUUGUUGUUUUGAAAAUACAAAUGGUCCUUGGUUCGUAUUUAAAACGAAAUUAACGUUGGAAAUAAAACGAAAACAUUUAAAAGACAUCUUUAGAUAAGUGAAAUUUUUUUUUAGUUUUAAGUUUGCACUAUAUUCUAUAAUUUUAAAAAUAUCGCUUUUAUACUGGUCUUUCGCUUGCUUAUAUUUUAUACAUGUCGUCUUUGUGAGUAUUUUUGUCACUCUGAGUAUAAUAAUGGAGUCCAUAUAAUAAACAGAACAUUAAACGGUUGCGAGAAGAUAUGGAUUUAUGUUCUCGUGUCAAAAACAAUAUAUCACUUGUGAGAUAUUGUUUUUGCCACUCGAACAUAAAUCCAUAUCUCUUAGCAACCGUCUAAUAUCCUCUAUAUAAUAUACUUUCAACAAUGAAUCAAUUGGCGAUUUUUCUAGCACUCCAAAUCCCUUUUUGAAUUUUUUGCAUAUUGUCUCAGAUUUUCAUGAAGGGUAACUCCAUCAGUUUUCUUGCAUAUAUUUAACUCUUUUCAAUCUCGUAUUUCCAAUGUACAAAGCAGGCUCGGCGGUUAGUUAAUUUAUUUUGCAUGGGUCAUGGGUGCCGAGCCUAUCAACAUAUAUUCAGUCUUGAUGGUGUUUAAUUUAUGGUGUUUAAUUUAAACUAAGCAGAUCAGCUCCGAGCCAUUCAUUCCGAUCAGUCAAAUUCAGGCGUGAUCGUUGACGAAGACCUUCUUGGACACCAAAUUUUAUUGUGCGAGAGCGAGACAAAACAGUGAAAAUGCCGUUUACAAAGCAUUUUUGGUUUCUGUUUGAGAGAUAUGACCGAAUCCAAGAAAUCCGUAAUAUUCCAUUUGUGAAGGACUGUAACUGUCGAGUGGAGUGAUCUGAAACCUGAUUGGUUGCCAUGGUUGUCAGAUGAUCAAUUAUUUACCGAUGUCGAAUCUAUGAUCGUCGGCGAGCAGACAUUUUCAAGAACUAAUGAAAACCGUCUACCUUAAUUAAUCCGCGACUGUCCCAGGCAAAAAUUGUUUUGUUGCGACUGUCGGCGGUCCCUGUUGCGAAAACAAAUGACGACAGUCGUAGAACUUUUAUUUCAAUCUCAGAUCCUCCACAUGCUUGAAAAUUUUUGCGGAUUCAUGAAAACAACGAGGAUUGCAAACGAACUACGAUAAUAACACGACAGGUGCAGAUUGGGAGAGAUACAACUUCCUGGAAAAUGGCCCUUCGUCGGGAAGUUAUGUUUGCGCGGAUUGGGAAAAUUACAUGAGCUACUAACUUCCCCACGAGGGGUCUUCGAGGCAAGGAGAUGCAAAUAAACCACCACAGCUAGAAAGAGCAUACUAAAAUGAGUAAAAUUGCAAAGUUUGGUUGCGAAAUGUUGUAAAAUGCGGAAAAUAUAGCAUUGAAAAGUUUGCAAAUUUUGUAUGCUUUUGUAUUGCAUGCGGAAACUGCUAACAUUUUCGGCCCAAAUGUGGUAGCAAUUUCCGCACGCAACACAAAAGUACGCAAAAUUUGCAAACUUGGCAAGGCUAUAUUUUCUGCAUUUUACAACAUUUCGCAACCAAACUUUGCAAUUUUAUUCAUUUUAGUAUGCUCUUUCCGGGAAUAUAUAUUUUUUGCCGAGAUAAAAAAAUUAGUCUAUAAUGGGAAUUGUCAGACAGCUAGUUAUCGUUCUACCUAGACUGGCACCGACCUUUCGAGUUAAUGAAAUUCGUCUGCCUGAUUGCGGAAUAGAAAUCGGCCAAUUUCUAUAUCUUUAUUUUUCCACAUACUGUAUAUCAUUUUCUGCGUCUUCUCCUGAAAUGUAUUCACUAUUUGAUCAUAGAAAAAACACGAAGAUGGAGAUAAGAAAAAGAAAAAGAAAGAGAAACGGAAAAAGAAGGUAAAUAUUAAAGUGGGGUUGUGUGCUAAUCAUCUUUAUACUUGCAACUGAGAGCCAAAUCGAUUACAACCGUCCGGAAAGUAUGUCAGUUUGACUGGAGAGCCUCGUUUUCUUGUGCGUGACAUACUUUCCUGAAGCAUGUAUUACAAAGUUCGCAGCUCAACCUGAUCGAGUCUGAGUCCGCCUCUGGCACCAACUAAUGGCUCGUAUCUGAUCACGGAGCAACGGCUGCGAUAGGAGGGUUAGUUUGGAGCUUACCCCCUCCCACCAGGGUCUUAGCUAGCAUUUUAUAGUUUGGGCGUGUUUCUAAAUUUCCAGGGUGUGCCCAUGUCAAUUGCCUUGAAUAGCCAAAAACACGAUUCCAGUUAUGCUUGUCAACAAUAGACUAUACAUGUGGUUGUUCUAUGCUUUUCAACCAAAUACAAGGCGAGGAUACGCUCAUAUUUCGCACUGACAUUAUAAUAAAUUACAGUAUUUUAGCAACUUAUGGGGCAUUUAAAACCAUUUUAACAACACUACGGUGCCCAUAAUUAUCCAUGAAAACAUUAAAACAUCAAGGGUCACUUUUACCAAUUUCAACAACUACAGUAUAUUUUACAAAGAAAUUAUGUAUGUUGUAAGUAGCAACACCUUAUUUUAUGAACCUACAUGCACGGCCAAAACUAAAUAAUGAAGCCGCGUUCAUUUCAUCUAGCCGUGUUUUUACAUUUUUGGCCGCGAUAACACGGCCAACACGGCCUUCUAGCUAAGACCCUGUUCAGAUUUGA